AGUGCUGCGCGUGUUCGCCACGGGGAGGGGCGACGCUGCGCUUACCCCAAUCCGUUUUUUAAAAAUAAAAUAAAAUAAAAAUUGAAUGGGUUGGUUCUGUGAUAUCAGGCGCAUGAAAAUAUAAGCGACACCCCUUCUAUGGCGUCUUUCAGCUCCGCCCACACGGGCCCGUCUCUUGACUUUUCUAUCUCUACGUUAAAACCGUCACUCCCGUCAUGCCGCGCGAAACGGCGGGAGAAAGGAGCGUCUGGGGCCGAGGAGCGUCGCUCCCGUUACCAUGGCAGCAGGGCCGCCUCCCUCGGCGGCGCGAGGGCCCCGCCAGAGGAGCGCAUGCGCGGUCCGCCGGCUGACGGGGUGUGUGUGUUGUGGAGGAGCCGCGCGGGCGAACUUCUCCCCCUGUUCCCCCUUCUUCUCUUUCUCCUUAGGGCGGUGUAUCUCUUUGCUGCGCGGCUGAGUCAAGGGCAUGUGGAGGCUGCCUGGCUGUUGUCAGAACUCUUUGGGGACCCACAACCCUGCAAGUUACUUGAACUGCAAGUAGAAAGUCUUUGGGCACUGUCGGGAGAAUGUCACGGAAAAGCUCCAGAGAAUCCAAAAAAGUUAAUGUUUCCAGCUCCUUGGAAUUGGAAGAUAUAAGCUUAGAGACAACAGUACCCACUGAUGAUAUUUCUUCCUCAGAAGAUCGGGAAGGUCCCGUCAAAAUUACUAGACAGCUGAUUGAGAGGAAGGAGCUGCUUCAUAAUGUGCAGUUGCUGAAAAUAGAACUUUCCCAGAAGAACUUGAUGUUAGACAACUUGAAGGUGGAAUACCUGACUAAAAUUGAAGAACUGGAAGAAAAACUUAAUGAUGCUCUCCAUGAGAAACAGCUGCUAUCUUUACGACUAGAUAACCAGUUGGCCUUACAGCAAGAAGAUGCUCGAAAACAUCAAGAACUAAUGAAACAGGAAAUGGAAACCAUCUUGCUGCGCCAGAAGCAGCUAGAAAAGAAUAACCAUCAGUUGAGAGAGCGGUCCGGAGAUAUUCGCCGCAGCUUGCGUGACCUUGAAUUGACUGAUGAGUGCUACACCAAACUCAAAUCUCUUCCAGAAGAUGAACUUUCAAUUCCUGAAUAUGUAUCUAUUAUAUUUUACGAAGCAGUACAUCCUUUAAAAAAGGAGCUAAAUGAACUACAGGUAAAGAAGGAUGCAGCAUCUGAAGAACUGAAUGAUUACAAAUCUCAGUUGAAACACUUGAUGGAGAACUAUGAAGCAGAGCGAAGAAAUCGGUCAGAACUAGAAGUCAGAUGCCAGCGUUUAACACUUGAACUAGCUGAUACAAAGCAAAUGAUUCAUCAAGGAGACUAUAGACAAGAGAAUUACGAUAAAGUAAAAGGUGAGCGUGAUGCAUUUGAACAUGAUUUUUCAGAGCUUCGAAGAAAAUACGAAAUAUUGGAAGUAUCACACAAAGCACUAACCAAAGAAAGAAAUGAUUUAUCAAAAGAGGUUGCAGCUUUGCAGCAGUCUGUUACCUUACUGCAAAAAGAUAAGGAUUACCUCAACCGUCAAAACAUGGAGCUUAAUGUUCGCUGUGCUCAUGAAGAAGAUCGUCUUGAAAGGCUUCAGGUUCAGCUAGAAGAUGCUAAGAAGGCCAGAGAAGAAAUUUAUGAGAAAUAUGUCACAUCCAGAGACCAUUACAAAACAGAAUAUGAAAACAAACUGCAUAAUGAAUUGGAAGAAAUAAGGCAGAAGACCUCUCAAGAAAUAGAGCAGCUUCGAAGAGCUACAAAGGAAAUGUAUGAACGUGAAAACAGAAAUUUAAGAGAAGCCAGAGAUAAUGCUGUGACUGAAAGAGAGAGAGCUGUUGCAGCUGAAAGAGAUGCAUUAGGAAAACAUGAGCAGCUUUUAGAACAGUACAGACAACUGCAGAUCAGCACAGAAAGCAAAGUAGCCGAACUUUUCCAUCAGAAUAAACUGAAGUCGUUUGAAAGCGAACGUCUACAGCUGAUGCAAGAAGAAACCUCCAAGAACCUUUCACAGUGUCAGCUGGAAUGUGAAAAAUAUCAGCGAAAACUAGAGGUUUUAACCAAAGAAUUUUAUAAUCUUCAAGCACUGAGCGAGAAACGGAUUUCAGAACUUCAGGCACAAAACUCGGAGUACCAGGCAAGGCUUGACACGUAUGAAAAGCUGGAAAAAGAACUUGAUGAGAUAAUCAUGCAAAGUGCAGAACUUGAAAGUGAAGAAGAGGCAGAAAGAGUUCUGUUCUCCUAUGGAUAUGGUGCAAAUGUUCCCACAACAGCCAAAAGGCGGUUGAAGCAGAGUGUUCAUUUGGCAAGAAGAUUGCUGCAGCUAGAAAAGCAAAACACGUUGCUUGUAAAAGAUUUGGAGCAUCAGAAGGAACAAGUUGCCCAAAUUUCAGAAGAGCGGGAUAGAGGUAAUUCGUUGCUGAACCAAGUACAACAGCCUUACAGGUAUCUCAUUGAGUCUGUACAACAGAGAGAUUCUCAGAUACUUUUACAGAAAGAACAGAUUGCACAGCUUGAGAAGGAUAUUAGUCUUUUAAAUAAAGAAAAGGCGGCUUUGCUGCGUGUCAAGAAUCAAAUGGCAGCAGAUUUAGAAAGACUUCUAAAUCACCGUGAGGAACUGGCUGUGAUGAAACAGAUGUUGAUUCGUCUUCAUGGUAAACCCCAAGGAGAUAGUUUGCCCCAGAAACAGAGUCAAAAUCUGCAUGCAAAAGCCGUAUCAAGUCCAGCAGUCAAUUUGCCUUUUGAACACGAGGAAGGAAAUGUCUUUGCACCCAAACCAACAUUAUUUACAAACGAAGCUCCACUACAAUACUUGAAGAAGGUAAAGCAGAAAAAAGCAUCUUAGGUUAUUAUUUCAAGAAAUAAAUGUUGAUAAUCAUAAUCGUGUUCUAAAAACUACUUAAUUACACACCUCUAUUUUCAUUCCCUUUAUUUCAAAUUUAAAGAGAACUUUUUGAAUCGCUUUUGUCAAUUUCAAAAUUCAUAUACCAGCCCUUGUGCUGAAACGUAGACUAUUAAAGGCAUUUGAAUUUGUUAAUCUG